AUGCACAGCUUCGUCGUCGAGGCCUGGAUCAACGACGUCGCCAUAGCCAAUGUGCAACCUGAUACGCCGAGUCCUUCGAAGCGCGCACGAACGACUGAAAACGACGACGAAAUCGCAUCGUUCGAGCUUGAUACAGAUGUCGCCCGUUGGCCCAUCGCGGAUCAGCGCUGUUGCCCAAAGCUCGAGGUCGGCAUCGUCAUUCCCAACCGCGCUCGCCAGCAGACCAGCCUUUCGCGCGAUCCAAGCGAAACAUCCCGAUCCCAGUCCCGAAGCGCCUCGCCAACCAAGCGCUUCCUGAAAACGGAGAGUCUACUCAGCCUCGCGGUGCCCAUCGAGUUCAUCAAGCCGAGGCCUCUGGCGGCUGCCGUACCUAAUGACGCUUAUAAACUCAUGGAGGCACUGUCUGCUAUCGUAGCCGGGGAGACGUUGCUACCAGCGGUGCUGCGGUCGCAUCCCGACUUUCAAAACGAUCCGCAGAUCCGGAGACAUGCAUGGCGCGACGAGACGCAGCCGGCGAGCGCCGCUGCCGCCGCCGCCGAACACACAGCGGCGCUCCAGAACCAUGAGCAUCUUUGCCGUCUAGUCGACGAGUCCCUCGCCUCGGCCAAUAGACACCGGUCCGAAGCCGGCUGGAACAACCUCGUCCACACGCCCCUGCUCCAGCAUGCCACGCAGAACAUAUCACAUCUCGAGGUCGAGCCCAUCAUGUCGGCGCAAAUUCUGCCCGCCUGCCGUCCACUGCUAGCCUCGGGCAAACGAGUUCCUCUGCCGUCAUCAGAGGCGAGCACCGCCGGCAGCAGCGCAUCGGGCCGCAGCUUCGCCCCCAUCGCGACGUCGGUCCAUAAGAUGGUCGAUUACGCGCUGGUGCUCCGCCCCUCAGACACUUUGCAGACACUGAUUAAUGAAUUUCUUGCCAGCGAGCCGUGGGAGAGACAGUCGAUCAACCAAACACGUUACGAGCCGUUACGCGCACAGCCCGCACCUAUUUUCAUCGAGACGAAAACUAUUUCAGGCACAAAGGAUAGUGCGAAUAUGCAGUUGAGUAUUUGGGUCGCGGCUUGGCGCGAGCGCAUGCGUACUGUGGCAUUACGUGCCGGAUCGAAUGACAAGAUAUUAACGCUGCCGGUGAUUCAGGUUACCGGCGGCGAUGUAUGGUCGGUGCUCUACGUAGUGGACGAUGGUAAUCGCAUCCGCGUACUCGAUGGUAAUUGUCGUAUCGGCACUACAGACAGUAUAUUAGGCAUCUAUCAGCUGCAGGCAUCCAUCGCGGCGCUAGGAUGUUGGGUCGAAGAGACAUUCACGCCGUGGCUAACCGAUCUUCUCUCGCGCGCCGUGGAGAACGAAGCGUGA